AUGAAGCAACGAGAAGAGAAGACCGAAAAUACCAAGAGAAAAAGAAGAAGACAAUCUUCUUCUUCAUCUUUGUUAAACUCAACAUCGUCCUUACCUCUCGACAUAGCCUCAGAGAUACUCUUAAAGCUGCCAGCAGAAUCUGUCUUGAGGUUUCGUUGUGUUUCGAAGCUUUGGUCAUCAAUCACCAACGAGCGAAAUUUCACCGACUCGUUCCAAACUAGGAGGCCAAAAAGGCUUCUACUCUUCUUCAAAGAAGGUGAAAGGUUCUUUGUUUUCUCGCUUCCUCAACACAAUCCAAACCCUAAUGAGUCUUAUUCUUAUUACGCUUCUCAGCCUAUUGAUAGUUACCAUAUGACAUACCCAAAACGUUGUUCCUACACCAUGAAAACGGAGUCAGUUCACGGCUUGAUCUGUUUUCAAAGUUCAGCAACCCCAAUAGUGUGGAACCCUAGCAUGAGAAAGUUCUUAACUCUACCCAAACCGGACAAGACCUGGAAGAAUAUAAAAGUCUUUUUAGGAUACGAUCCUGUCGAGGGUAAACACAAAGUAGUUUGCAUGCCUGGUAGUUUUAACUCAUCUGAUGAGUGUCGGGUUUUAACAUUAGGAUCAUCAUCAGAUCAAGAAUCAUGGAGAAAUGUCAAACACAGCCACAAUCAUUAUCCUUUCCCUGGUAAACAAAAAGGUGUUUAUCAUGGACGAUGCAUCAAUGGGGUUCUAUAUUAUCCUGCGCGACUCGGCGACGAUCUGGUUAUAAUGAGCUUCGACAUAAGAUCUGAAAAGUUCAUCAAUGUGAUAAAAAUUCCAUAUCAGUGGUAUGAUAUGAAUUGGCAUAAUACGACGGCGAUGAUGAUAGCUUAUCAAGGAAAGUUAGCUUGGGUUCGUUCUUGUGGGGAUCGUAUUUCGCUGUGGGUUUUGGAGGAUGCAGAGAAACACGAAUGGUCGAAACAUAUCCUUUUACCGCUUUCUCACUAUGAUCAGGGUUUGCAAAACUUCAAACUAGUGGGUGUCACUGAUGAUGGCGAGUUGGUUUACGUGCAAAACACGGCAUUCAAAUGUGUUCCUGUUAUAUAUGUUGAUCCAAAGAGACAAACGUUCAGAAGAAUCGAAUUUAGAGGAAUUGCGGAUGAUGAUUUUAGACAACGCAAUGGACUAGGAGACAGACGUCUGCGAGACCUCCAAUCUUUCCCCAAUCACAUUGAAACUCUUUUGUCUUUGUGA